AGAUAAUAUUUACCUCUAGGGAGAGCCUGCUUUACUAAGUUUUUCGGCUCUUCCAAAUUGUUAGACAAAGAUUUGUGGAACAGUAAUACAAUGACAGUAGUUCUGCAAUAGUGCAAUACUACCAUUUUUCUCACUGACAGUGACAAUAUCUGAAUGGUUAAUCCUUUUACAUCAAUACAACUAUUAACAUUCCUUCCUCAACUUUCUCGACUCAACAUCUUUUUCUAAAAAAAGAAGUCUUUUUGUGCACAGUGUCUCUUUAUUGACUCAAAAUUCCAAUGGAUAUUUUUCUUGAGAUUAAGUGUAAUAAUGCUCAAAACAAUUAAUUUUAGCAUAAAGUCCCGCAGCAACGCGCGGGGCAUCAUCUAGUUGUCCAAAUAGAUCAGUAACGUGUUGGCACCCCUUGCAAAAAAUAAAGAGAAAAGUAUGGUUUGGUCCCUCAAGUUUCGAAAAGUAUAGGAUUGGUCCCUCAAGUUUUUUUGAUAUAUAUUUGGUCCUUCAAGUCUCAAAACCGGAUAAGUUUUUUGGCCAAAUUCAGAUUUUGAGCACUUGACCGGGGUUUGACCAUGUUGAUCUGGUUUGAUCGAUGAACAGUAAAUUCAAAAAAAAUCUAAUUUCUUUAUAAACAACAUACUUAGGUGCACUUGGUGCGUGUAAAUUAUUUUGAUCAAAUAAUAUCCAAGGAGCUGUAAAAAAAAGUGCUUUUUUGUGAGCCAAAAUUAGGUUUUUUUUUUGUGACGAGAUCCUCGGAUGUCGAAACACCACAUAAAUUUUCGGGAACCAAAGCAUCUUGGUCGCCCCAAAUCUUAAAGUUUUUUGCUAUUUUUUUGAAUUUACUGUUUACCACUCAAACCCCUGGUCAAACGUGAUCAAACCCGGUCAGCGUGCUUAUAAACUGGUUUUGGAACAAACUUAUCCGAUUUUGAGACUUGAAGGACCAGAUGUGUAUCAAAAAAUUUUGAGGGACUUAAAGAAAAAAAAACAUACUUUUCUAUAAGAAAUGAAGCAACCUGAUCCUAAAUUUUCGCCCAUGUCCUCGUGCGCCAGCCGGCUCAGGGCCCACCAAGCAGCAAGAGAGAGCCAACCACCCCGGCAAUCGUGACCUGCCACAUAGCCUCGCGUCACGAGCCGGGCCCAUCAAACCGCCCAGCAACCGCGGCUGACCCGCCGCCACGUCACGGCGCGUUGCAUGCACAUAAUCGGACGCGGCUUGCCUGCGGCCUUGGCGUGCGACCAUCGGUGCGACGCACCCAUCGCACGGCUGUGCAUGAGCCCCCUCCCGCUGCGGAUUUUCUCUCAAAAAAAAAACAGAAUACAGAUCGUGAUAUGGAUACAUCCCUUAUCCACAAUCCCUCUCCUUGGUCGGAACUCAAGCUCAGCUGAAGCUUUCCAUGUCCUCUGCUGCUCCUGCUCCUCGAGCCUCCAAGCACUUCCUGCCCAUCGACCGGAUGUCGGCGCGCUGCCGUGCAGCUUCUACUCAGGCGCGCGCACUCACGCAUCUCACCCCAUCCUGGCUCCCGGCUGGCCGCCGCCCACGUGCGCCUGCUGAAUCAGCAUCGCCGGCUCGGCUGGCCGCCGCCGUGGUCCGCCUGCUGAAUCAGCAUCCCCGGCUCGGCUGGCCGCCGCCGUAGUCCGCCUGCUCGACCUACUCGCACAGCAGUUCGGUGGGAACGGGAUCCUACGCAGUGCCGUGCUCGCUGAUCCGAGAUGUGGAGCCUAGCGGGUGCAUGUGGGACGACCACGCAAGAGGUUGGCGUGUCCUUGGCGGGUGCUCGGGCUUGUGGAGGAGGGGCCGAGUAUAGAGGGGAAGGAAAUCGAGAAUCAGCAUCAGCGCCAUCAAUUUGGUACUGAGAGAGGAAGAAGAAAGGGACUGCAGCUCAUACAUGCAGUACGCAUAACACAAAUCGUGGUCGCUAGUCAUGGUUUUUUGUACAAGUUCUAAAACGGUACAGCAGGAGAAUUUGCCGGUGAUUCAUCGUGAAGAACAAAGUGCGAUUUCUUACUUUUGGUGACUGAGAAUCAUCAGGAGCAUCCUGGUUCACCGGACCACUUCUUGGAGAAGCCACCGGGGACGUGAGACUCGAAGAAGCCAUCAGGGACGGGAUUCCUUGGCUGCCCAAUUCAAGAGGAGAAUUUAUCUGUGCUUGCCCUGGUCAAGCCGCCAUUGAUUGUUCUGCCGAGGUUGUAGGUCUCUCUCGCCUUCAGGAGUAUAUUUUGGCGCGCUUUUCUGCAUAUGCGAAUCUGUUUCACGGGAAUUUUGUGGAUAUGUUACACAGGCGAUGAGUUUUUUUCCACUUGAUUUUUGUUUAGUCUUAAUGGUGUGAGAGUAUUACAGAACGAAAUAGGUACCACGGGACGUCCAGUAUCACGAUCCGUAUUCUGUUUUUUUUUUAGAGAGAAAAUCCGCAGCGUGAGGGAGCUCAUGCACAGCCGUGCGAUGGGUGCGUCGCACCGAUGGUUGCACGCCAAGGCCGCAGGCAAGCCGCGUCACGGAGCGCGAAAAGGCCGCGGUCGCCGUCGUCCUCGCCGCGUGGAGGCCGCCCAAGAGAAGAAUGCAUACACACCUGGCCGGCGCUCCUGAUGGUCGUCGGGUGACGCCACCCCUCUCCUCCGAUGAGCUCACCUCCCUCCCUUUUAUAUGUCCAGCCUCGCUCCCGCUGCCCGUCACACCACUGACGCAAUCUGCACACACCACGGCACCACGCACCGAUUGAUCGGCGUCGAGGUCGAGAUGUACCAGGCGAUCCCGUACAGCGCAGGCCAGCUGCCGGCGUGGCCACGGCGGUCCGAGCUAGCCGAGGUCGACGGCGCGGUCGGUCAGGAGAGCAGGCUCGCGGGGGACGGCGGCGAGGCGGUGAGGCGGGCGGUGGCGGAGAGCCCGGUGCUGGUGGUGGGGAGGCGCGGGUGCUGCCUCAGCCACGUGGUGAAGCGGCUGCUGCAAGGGCUCGGGGUGAACCCCGCCGUGCACGAGAUCGCCGACGAGGCCGAGCUCGCCGCGGCGGUGACCUGCGGCGACGCCGUCGUCGCGCUGCCUGUCGUGUUCGUGGGCGGGAGGCUCCUCGGCGGGCUAGAUCGGCUCAUGGCCGUGCACAUCUCCGGCGAGCUCGUGCCCAUACUCAAGGACGCCGGCGCGCUCUGGCUCUGAGACAUAUGUAUACGUAGACGUAGUACGUACAACCGUUUGAUUAGGAGUUAGUACAAACCAGUAAUCUCUUCUCCUUCUUUUCGUUUCUCCUUUUGACUCGUGAGGUCAUGUGAAUUACUGCUGCUCGACCUUCCUCUCUUGUUUGGGAUCAAUCAGUAAUGGUGAUGAUAGUUAGCUAGACGAUGAUAGUUUAAAUUCUCUGGAUGACAAUCAA